AUGGACCAUGAUGGUGACGAUUCACGUCAAAGGGCUCUUCCGGGGACCACACUAUCAGACGACGUCGAACUUCUCAACCGCAAGGGCUUUUCAGGCACAGUCACGACCACGAGCGCGAUGGAACCGACAACCCACUAUCGACGACAUUCUAGAGGUCAUUCUGGGGAUGAGGGUUUGGAGUCAAUCGACGAAAACGAGAGCGUGCGUGAUGAACCCUACGAAGUCGUCGAGCCCCCAUCCCCACUGAAGGUUCGCCGAUCGAGCGCCGGAGCAUCAGCUGCCACGUCGAUGCUGCGCCGGUUGACCACCAAAAUCAAGCCUAUAUCUCGGGGUGCGUUCCGAUCGACCAAGAGAUCGAGGAGACAGGAGUACGCGACCCUGGACGAUCGUGAGAAUGACCAUGGCGCAGUUGUGGAUCUAUCCUCGUUGGAGGGCAUGGGUUGGGAGCUUACGGAUCUCUCGAAUCCUAACGCGGCUCGUCUGCCGGAUGAGGAAACCGAGUAUGUCAGUCCAGCCGCCACAAACAGCCGCAAACCGGAUUUUCGCUCGUUUGUGGACAAGCGUGCCUCGCUUGGUUACGGUAUGAAGAAUAUUGGCGUUCAGCUCCGGCGCGAUCCAACAAGGCUAGCACGGAGAGGCACUGGGGAUAGUCGAAGUGCUGCGAGCUCAACACUAGAGCGAAGCAAAACAGUCAAGGACUUCGGCCAAAACCUUGCUCAAGAGAAGAAUAUGAUCGUGGAGGUUGAGGAAGUGGUCGACUUAAGCACUUUUGAAGGCGGACAGCUGGAUCACCGCAGGAGCCAGACCUUUGAAAGCAUGUCGAUGAGGCAGAGUAUCAUGCCACAAGAAACGAAGAGUUACUUCUUUCCCGAAGAUCCCGAUAUACCGAAUUGGAAACCCUGGUCGAUGCGAAGCUGGUAUAUUCUCGCCCUGAUGGCACUCGCUGUGGGUUUGGCCGGCUUCCAGGAAUUCCUCUGCCAGAAAUCGUUCAGGAAAGCUCGGGAGAAAAGUGGUAUCCUUGAGUUCAAUGCUGUGGCGGACAUAUCAACAUGGGACUUCUUUGCUUGGAAAUAUCUCCCGACCAUGAUUACGAUUGUGUACGCCGUCCUGUUCUCCAUCAUGGACUUUGACAUCCGUCGACUCGAGCCAUUCUACCAAUUGUCACGACCCCGCGGUGCUUCGGCAGCUGCAAGCCUAAACCUCGACCACUUGACCAUGUUUCAAUAUUUCGUUCCCUUCAAGGCCUUUCGACUCCGACAGUGGGCGCUAUUUUUCUCCACGACAGGGAACAUCGUCGCAUCGAUGGUGUCACCUGCAUUACAAAACCCCUCAGUCAGAUUCGUUACCAAUCCUGACGAAAAGUGUUCCGACCGAGGCUGCCCGGGGCCCGACAGCGACGAGAAGCAUUAUUGGGUUCGCAUAUCUCCGGUCUGGUCUCGACUACUGUCAGCAAGUUAUCUGUUUGUAGCGAUUGUGCUUGUCAUCCUGUUCCUCCAACUACGCCGCAAGUCCGGGUUACUAAGCGAUCCGAAAGGCAUAGCCGGCAUCGCGUCCAUGGCUACCAAGUCGCACAUUCUGCAGGACUUCUCUGGAUUGGACACUGCACAUUCGGGAAAGAUCCACAAACGACUCGCCCAUCGCCGAUACGUCUUGUACAAGUCCUCCAUUUGGCAGGGCGAGUGGAGCGCCACAAGCGAACCGCCACAGGACAGCGAGAGGAAGCUUACGAGUCCGCAUCCUCUCAUGCUCCGGACCGAGGCGGCUCUACCUUUUCUCGCCUUCAUGGGAUUCUGUCUGAUUUCGGUGCCCAUCAUUACGCUGACAAAGGCCCGGGUUGUACCCAACGCAGCGCCCUGGCUCCCGAUCGUUAUUGCGACCGCCCUCAAACAGUUCUUCAGCACCUUCGAGGCGGAUGUCCGACUCAUGGAGCCGUUUUAUCAACUUUCAAGAGGCCAUGCGAGACCAGAAAACAGCCUGACGCUGGAUUACCAGGCGACCGUGUACGGGAUCAUGCCCUUGAAAGCUCUCUUCAACAAGCAUUAUCUGCUGACCCUUGUUGGUGUGGCGUCGGUCAUGCUGGACAUCUUGACGGUGACAGUGUCUUCCUUCUCAGUCAAUUCGGAGGACUUCAUGCACAUCGGAAGCAGCGGCAAAGACAGAUCGGAUGGGGAUGAAACCUUCGUCUCAUUCUGGGCGUCACUGAUACUCUCCUUAGUCAUCCUGGUCUAUGUCAUCUUUACCACCUGCCUGGUAUAUCUACGGCGACGACAUCCUUUCUUGCCUCGUGAACCAUCAACCAUCGCGGCAGUGCUAGCGUUUAUAUACUCGUCCAACAUGCUGACGGACUUCAUCGACACGGAAAGGCUGAACAACAAGGCCAUGGAGACGAGGCUGAAGAAUAUCGGCAAGAGGUAUGCUCUGGGCUGGUUCAAGGGGAGAGACGGCCAGAUUCACUGCGCCAUCGAUGAGGAGCCCAUGAGGAGUAAAUAUGUCCAUGGGAAGCCUUACACCAUGGCUCAAGCUGUCCCACUUGGGCCUCAAGACACGUUUUAUUCUGUAUGA